GACAUUAAUUGACUUUCUUGACAUUGAUUAAGAAACAAGACAACGCGGCAUUACGAUACGAUAUACCGGCUAGUGCUGUAUCUAUUUAUUUUCAACUUUGAUUUAAUUAUUGUUAAAUAAACAUAAAAUUAAUAUAAUAACAGUUUAAAAUAUGGCUGUAAACAGUGGUACUUCUUUCGUUUUGUCUUCAAUUCUGGCUCUUUUGAUAUUUUCGCUAAUGCAGCUAUAUAAACCAAUUUUAGUGCGAUCGCCAAUCACAAUAAUAUUCGGUGGCUAUCUGGGAUCACUCAUGUUCAUGUUCUUUAUUACUGCUGUUGGGAAUUUAGAGACAGCAUUAUUUGGAAAAAAUUUUCAAUUGAAACUUCCAGAAAUAGUUAUUUCUAUGGCUGUAUCAUUAAUAGCAGCUGGGAUGGUGCACAGAAUCUGCUUUACUACAUGCUUGAUAUUCUCUAUUAUCACAAUCUAUUACAUGAAUAAGCUGUCUCAGAAAACUUACGCCUCCUCAGUUCCUGCACCUGCUCCAGUGAAGAGUCGUCGCCACAAGUAAUGUUCUAUUUAAUAUAGGUGUUUUUUACUGUAUUUUAUGGUCACAAAUACAUUUUUACUCAAAA